UCCUUCUCUUUAAAAUUUUUUGAGAAACAAGGUCUGAUUUUGUUUUCCUUAGCUAUCAUUCGCUGGAAAAUUCAGUAGCUUUGGCUGGAAUUCUUGGCUUAAGAAGAUUAAUUCUUGGUGGUUAGAGGUUGCCUUUGAUGCGUCUGGCAUUUUGAAGAUUUCACUUCUUUUCACGUUCUUAUCAUUUGAGAGGAAUGCUUGAUUCAUGUUUGCUUUGUGAUGGAGAACAAUAGUGAAACUGGGGAUGAUCAAGGAUCGGGAUGGUUCGAAGUGAGAAAGAAGCAUAGAACUGGUUCCAAGCUCUCUAUACAAAAUUUGGUGGGGGGAAUUUCAAGCAAAAGCCCUUCUAAUUCUCUGCGCAGUCGGUCCUUCCCAAAUGAAAAGAACGGAAAUUCACAGGCCAACAGGAAAUCUCAACCUUCCAAAGCUGGGGCUGAUUUGGCAUCACAUUUGCAGGUUGGUCAUGGGAAUUCUUUUUUGGUGGCCGAAGAAGCAGAGAAAGCUGGCAAAUGUGUUGCUAAACAUAGGGUUAAUCAAGAUUUGGAGCAUCCCAACUCGUCUCCCGUUAGACUUAGACCCAUUAGUGGUGCAGGUUUGGAGAGUGGAACCGAAUGUGUUAAAAAAGUUACUCAGGAGGAAAAGGUGGAUAUAGUGCCCAAAAUCAAGUGGGGCGAUUUAGAAGAUGAUGCUUUGGUACUGCAUUGCCACAAUGCUGAUCAAACUAAAAUAAAAUUUGGUGAUAUUGGGGAUGAUACCAUAGUGGGUUCUAGAAAGGCUGUGAAUUCCAAUGAUUCAUUGCCAUGUGUCCCUUCAUGUACUGAUUCUCAGGAGGAGAAACGGGUGGUAACACUUCUAUGUUCAAAUCAUGUUCCUGAUCAGUUGAAUUCAUUGGUUUCAAGGGAUGAAUCAGCUGAGGAGAAUCAUAAAGAGGCGGUAGAGAUAUCCUCUAAAGGUAUGGGUAUGCCAGAUUUAGUUGAAAAUUCGGAGGAGAUUAACCAUGAUACCUUCGGACUCGUUAGUAAUGACUCUGCUAAUGUUGUGCGGUUGAACAAUCCAGCUAGUCAAAACUGUGGUGUUGAAGAGUUUCCAACCCCUAGGUCUGUUGAAGUUCUGAAAGACAAAUCUUAUGAUGGUGCUUUAGACAUUUCUGAAUUACCACCUUUAAAUGAAAUUUCAAGUACUGAUCUGGGUGUUCAAGUUUCACUUUCACUUCCAAUCCAAACUAUUAGUCCUGAAGCUCCCAGUGAUGUUUUAAUAACAGCUGCUGCAGAAGAAUGUAGAGCGUCACAAUGUGGUACACUAAAUGGGGAUUUACCGAAGAUUGAGAUAAUGACCACUUUAGAAGAGGGUGAAUCAGGUGAAAGCAAAGAAAGAUUUAGGCAACGGCUUUGGUGCUUUCUCUUUGAGAAUCUUAACAGAGCCAUAGAUGAACUUUAUCUUCUUUGUGAAUUGGAAUGUGAUUUGGAGCAGAUGAAAGAGGCCAUUCUUGUUCUUGAAGAGGCUGCAUCUGAUUUUAAUGAACUAAAUUCCAGAGUGGAAGGAUUUGAGAGUGUAAAAAGAUCUUCGUCAAUGUGUUCGAUGCAAGUGAACAUGAAGAUGGACCACCGCAGGCCACAUGCUCUCUCCUGGGAGGUUCGAAGAAUGACAUCAUCACCUCACAGAGCUGAAAUACUGUCUUCAUCUCUUGAUGCUUUCAAGAAAAUUCAACAGGAAAGAGCUAGCAUUUGCCCAGAUCUUGAUGCAAGAGGCUUGGGAACUGGGUAUCCAAAUUCUGAUCAUGUUUCGGCUGUUGAUUCGAGGAAGUCAUCUCAGAGAAAUAAUGUAUUAGUAUAUGGCAAAGAAUCAGUAAUAAAAUUAAGGAAGCAGAAUGCAAUUUUGGAUCUUGGUCAGGGCAUCUUGAAUGGAGAAAAGAGGAAUUUUGUGGAAGGCGGCCAGUCAAGCAAAGCAUAUUCAGAGCAAAAUGGACGCAUGCCUCUGCAGAGAUCCACUCCUGAUGAAGCAUCUCGGGUAUCUUUGAAGGAUGGCCCUGCUGCUUCUGGAGUGGAGAAGUCAGUUCUCAAAAAGGAUAAAUUGUCGAUGGAAAGUAAGGUUGAGAAAAAUUCGAAAUCUGUGGAUUCCAUCAAAAGACAAAUUCCACCUGACAAAGAGAAGGCAAAGGACAAGAGAAACAUGGCAUGUUGGAAAUCCAUGGAUGCUUGGAAGGAGAGAAGGAAUUGGGAGGAUAUCCUUGCAUCUCCACUGCGUAGCUAUUCCCGUGUUUCACAUUCACCAGGCAUGAGCAGGAAAAGUGUGGAACGUGCACGGGUUUUGCGUGAUAAACUAAUGUCUCCGGAAAAGAAAAAGAAGAAUGCUUUGGAUUUGAAAAAGGAAGCGGAAGAAAAGCAUACACGGGCAAUGAGGAUUAGAAGUGAGUUGGAGAACGAGAGAGUGCAAAGACUGCAGCGUACAUCAGAGAAAUUAAACCGUGUUAACGAAUGGCAGGCAGUCCGCAGCAUGAAGUUGCGGGAGGGAAUGUAUGCUCGCCACCAGCGUAGUGAAUCACGGCACGAGGCUUAUCUGGCUGAAGUUGUGCGAAGAGCUGGUGAUGAAAGCAGUAAAGUCAAUGAGGUCCGCUUCAUUACUUCACUAAAUGAAGAGAAUAAAAAGCUUAUGCUCCGACAGAAACUUCAAGGUUCAGAACUUAGGAGAGCUGAAAAGCUUCUGGUGAUGAAGAGUAAACAGAAAGAGGAUAUGGCGAGGGAAGAAGCAGUGGUAGAACGUAGGAAACUCCUUGAAGCUGAAAAGCUGCAGCGACUUGCUGAGACACAGCGGAAGAAGGAAGAAGCUCAAAUAAGAAGAGAAGAGGAACGCAAGGCCUCAAGUGCAGCACGUGAAGCAAAAGCCAUAGAACAACAACGAAGAAAGGAAUCCAGAGCCAAAGCCCAACAAGAGGAAGCUGAACUCUUAGCCCAAAAAUUAGCAGAAAGACUUAGUGAAAGUGAACACCGUAGAAAGUUCUAUCUAGAGCAAAUACGGGAGAGAGCUUCAAUGGAUUUCAGAGACCAGUCAUUGCCUUCACUACGCCGCUCUGCAAACAAGGAGGUCCAGGGUAGAUUCGCAUCAACCAACAAUGAUGAAGAUUACCAAGUGAAUAGCAUUUCAGGUGUAGGAGGUCCUGCUCCGGGGACUGGCAAUGCUGCACUGCAGCAUUCUUUGAAGCGAAGGAUUAAAAAAAUUCGACAAAGACUGAUGGCUCUUAAAUAUGAACUCCCUGAGCCUCCAGUUGGUGCUGAAAGUGCAGGUAUUGGAUAUAGAUCUGUAUUGGGAACUGCACGGGCUAAAAUUGGGAGAUGGCUUCAGGAACUUCAAAGACUUAGGCAGGCCAGAAAGGAAGGGGCUGGAAGUAUAGGAUUAAUAGUUGGAGACAUAAUCAAGUUUUUGGAGGGAAAGGAAACUGAACUUCAUGCAUCUCGCCAAGCUGGAUUGCUUGACUUUAUUGCUUCUGCACUGCCUGCAUCUCACACAUCGAGGCCUGAAACAUGCCAGGUGACUGUAUACUUUUUAAGACUUCUGAGGGUGGUACUCUCCAUUCCUGCAAACAGGAGUUAUUUUCUUGCACAAAAUCUGUUGCCUCCAAUUAUCCCGAUGCUUUCUGCAGCUCUUGAGAACUAUAUCAAGAUUGCAGCUUCGUUGAAUGUUCCUGGAAGCACCAACCUGUCGACGAGCAAAAUGUCAAUGGAGAAUUUUGAGUCCAUCUCUGAAGUGUUAGAAGGCUAUUUAUGGACUGUUGCUAUGAUUAUUGGUCAUAUCUCCUCUGAUGAGCGACAACUUCAAAUGCAGGAUGGUUUACUGGAGCUUGUGAUUUCUUAUCAAGUUAUUCACCAUCUUCGAGAUCUCUUCGCUCUGUAUGAUAGGCCUCAGAUGGAAGGGUCUCCUUUUCCUUCAUCUAUUCUACUUAGUUUAAAUCUUUUGGCAGUUUUAACAUCCAGACCCAGGACCAUUUCUUCUAUCAAUUGGGAAUCUUUUCCAUCUAAAUUUGUGUCAGUGAAUGAAACUCAGGGAGCUAAAUUUGCAGAACCAACUGAUCUUAGUAUUUCCUCUGUAAAUACCACUGAUGAAGAUAAUAGAUCCUUGCUAAUUGCACCAAGUGUCAGCAAAGACAUAUCUUUAUCGGAUAUGAUGGAGGGCAGGCCAUUAGAUGAAUCCUGUAAAAUUAAUAAGGUUGACGAGUCAGUAUCUAGUGCCAGGGAUCCUGAUAAGGAGUUGACUGAUACUACAAUUGAAUUGAAUGAUGUUAAUUCAGCGGUAAAAAUGCAUGUGACAGAUUUUUCAUUUGAGUCCCAGAAAAGUCUAUGCGAGGGGAAUAACAAGUCCUUGCCUCUGAAGGUUGAAAAGAGCUCAAAGGAUUUUGGUGAUGAACAAAAGAAUGAGAAUAUUCCGUCCUUAAAGCCACCUGCGGCGUUUCUUCUUUCUGCCAUUACUGAGACAGGGUUAGUGAGCCUUCUGUCGCUAUUAACAGCUGUCCUAUUGCAGGCUAACAAUAGGCUGUCCUCUGAGCAGGCCUCAUAUGUUCUUCCAUCAAAUUUCGAAGAAGUAGCAACUGGAGUAUUAAAGGUGCUGAACAAUCUGACACUUUUGGAUAUUACUCUUAUGCAGAGAAUGCUAGCUAGACCAGACCUGAAAAUGGAGUUCUUCCACUUAAUGAGUUUCCUACUUACUCAUUGCACAAGCAAGUGGAAACUAGCUACAGAUCAGGUGGGUUUACUUCUUCUUGAAUCCCUACUUCUUCUGGCUUACUUUGCUCUGUUCCAUCCUGGAAAUCAAGCAGUCCUUCGAUGGGGUAAGAGCCCAACAAUCCUUCACAAGGUCUGUGAUCUUCCAUUUGGAUUCUUCAGUGACCCUGAGUUGAUGCCCAUCUUGGCUGGUACACUAGUGGCUGCCUGCUAUGGGUGUGAACAGAACAAGGGUGUAGUUCAGCAGGAACUCAGUACAGAUAUGUUGUUAUCUUUGCUCAGAUCAUGCAAAAGUGCAUCGCCUACAACGCAAUCUGAUUCUUCACCCCCGGACUCUUCCUUGAUGGAUGAUUCAUGUGAGAGAAAUCUGUCUGGCUCAGAACCUAAAAAGCUUCAAGCUGACGGCCCUGUAAGGUCAAGCCGUAGCAACCCAAGAAGCACUCGUGUUUCUUCAGGGAAGGGCAACAUUGUGGGCAAUUUUACUAGAAUAGGUAAGGUGAAAAAUCAGAGGGAUGCUAAACCAAUGAAAAAAUUUGAAGAGUGGCCUCUCAAGCACAAUCGUCAGGCAUCUGAACCUUCCUUCACUUUGUUGUUGCACCAUCGAUUCCCUAGUAGCUUUAUUGAUCGGGCAGAGGAAUUCUUCUCAGAAGGGAUACCAAAUGUGCAAGAUGAAUGAUCAAGCUAAUAAAACAAGGUUCCGUGGUUUAAUAUCAUAUCGUCAUAAAACUCUUGGUUUCUGGAGAAAAUUUCUUUUGAUAUGAUUGUUGUUACCUAUAGCAGAUGUGGUAACAGAUCCUGAGUUCGCAUUCUGCAUGGGAAUCCUGCUAAGAUCUAAAAUGGAUCAGUUUUGAAUUCUGCU